GCCAAAUAUGUCCGAUUCCCAUUUAAUUCAGGAGGUAUUGGGAUCAUACACUGAGCAGAAUACUGAAGUCUUGUCACAGAGGAGUAGAGAAGAGCUGAAGAAUGCUGUACUGCAGUUGGUUACCUAUCACUACAAUAACACCGCAGCCGUCACUGAGGUUGCUGACUUGUUAUCAUCCUCAGAACUAAAUGUGAAAGGUGUGUUAGAAUCAUGUGUCUCCCCCAAGAGUCAGUCAGAAGCAAAUGCCUUGAGUACCUUGGAGACUUGUGUCAACACGAUUUUGAGCUUGGUCAAGAAGCAGAGGAACUCGAGCCACAAUGAAGAGAUAAAAGGGAAGUUGACUUGUCUCAUCCGUAUGGUUCGUGAAAUGAUAGACAGACAUAGUAUUAACAGACCAAGACUACUGAACCUAUUUUGUAAUGAGAUGCUGCUGCCUGUUUUUCUUAUAUGGAUACUCCACAAGGAAGACGUCAUGACUUUAGAUACAUACAUGUCCUUAAAAUAUUCCUCACCAGAGUUUGCUGAGGCCUUUUCCAGUGAAUUAAUAUCAGACUUAACCACUUGUAGUGAAGAACUGUGGAUUUUAGAAAUUUUAUCUCUGAUGAUAAGGAAUUCACAAUCUACUCUGAAAGACAAAGAUGCUGCGAGACUUAAAAAGAUUUCCAAGAAUAUUUUGGAUUUAUUCAAUAAAAAGGUGUUAGAUGAACUGAUGAUGAAUUCUGGAACUGUGAAUACUGUGGACUUGUCAAACUGCUGUUCAACAGACAUUCUAAAGAAACACUACUUAAGCACAAUCAGCUUGUGGAUGGCACAUAGACCUGUACUAAAAGUGGCAGAUGCCUUAAAAACACAAAAAGAAUGGACCUACAGCAAACUCUCCUCUUCACUGACUCUCUGGUACAAACAGUGUCUGGUAAUGUUGGAGGCUGGAGAAGUCUUAGAACAGAUGAAGGUUGUCAUGGAGACACAGGAAGUGAACUGGCAUGUAGUCCUCUCUUUCCUGUCCACAGCUGUUGUCUGUAUGCCAUUCCUCUCCAAUCUCAUACAAGAUUAUGUUGAUGCCUUGCUGAGAGAUGGACUAGAGAGUUCUAAUUUGGAGAACCUUGUCGUUGCCUUCCUCUUUGCCAGACAGUGCUGCUAUGAAGGACCCCUGGUGUUUGAUUCCUAUCCAGACUGGUUUCAGAAAAUGUUUUCGGAGUCGGCUCAGAAUCCUGGUGGAAGCAGAAAGACUUUUACGUGUCUCAUUAAGUUUCUCACAGAUAUGGUGCCAUUUGAGUCUUCAUUGCAUUUAAAAGCCCACAUAGUAAGACCACCUUUUGUACCUCCAAAGUGUAGAGAGCUCUUCACAGACUACAUCAUGUUAGCAAAAACCAGACUAGCAGAUUUAAAGCAACCUUUGGAUGCAGAAUCUGAAGAUAAAGAUCAAGGAGGCAGGAAAAAGAUGAAUGAACAGAUAGAAGAAGAUAUCCAGAAGGCAUUGGUUUUGUUUGAGUCCACCAAAAAAAUCCCAACAUCCAUAAUGGAAGCUAGCAUAUUUAGGAAACCUUACUAUGUUGGGAAAUUUUUACCUGUCCUCCUAAAGCCUAGGGCUCUCCCAGACAUUCCAGAUCUGAGAAUGAAGUUCAUUGAUACAUUAAAAUUAGUGGAGAAAAUUCCAUUGACACUAUAUAACAACUACAUAACAGCUUGUAAGGCAGAAUCAUCCAAGCUUUUGGAAGGGGUAUUUCUGGAUGAGGAAGAGGAAAUGGACAUGGAAUUAACUGAGACAGAACAGUUACAGAUGAGACUGGACCAGCUUCUUAAAGCCAUACAGGAAAAUCCCCACAAUAGAAUGAUUGAACAGUGUUCGUUAGUGAGGGAGAAGUUAUUAUCUUGUUUGUACUCAGAGGACAGUAAUGCCCUCUGUAAUGACUGCCUCCUCCUGAACACAGAUGCUGCAGAUAUCCCUCUGCCAAAUAUAAAGGUCGUGGAUCAACUUCUGGAGUUUUUAGCAUCAGCUUGUCUGACAGUUAAGAACAAUACAGAUACUGUGUCAUGGCCACAAGACUUCUUUACCAUUCUGAAAGAAAUAAAAGAGAUGCACUCUGCACUGCUUAUAAGAAUUUGGAAACUUGUGACUGAACAGGGCUCUGAGUUGGAAUGUCAUCACAUCAAAACUCUUGGCUUUCUUCUGGCAUAUCUACAUGAAAUUUGCCUAGAAUCUCUUCCGGUAGAAAUUGUAACAUGCCAGAAUAGCUGUCAGAGACUAUGUGGGGAGUUUGUGCACUUAAUUUGGCAGGAACUGCCAGUAAUUACAAACAAGUGGAGGAAAUUUUCAUUGAGAAUAAUGCUGGACUUUGUCAACAGUUUGUCAAGUAUGAGAGGCAUUGCCAUCCAAGACUUCCUGCCAGAGACUUUCUUAUACAAGUUUCAGUUUUUGUAUCAUCACAUUAAAUAUUUUCUUCAUGGAGACCAAAGUGUUGAUGAAAUCUCACAACUAACAGAAAAAGUCAAAGCUGCUAUAUAUAGAGUAAAGCUUUCCUUCAGAAGCUGGGUUCAGCUGGAAAUGAAAAUUUCUGUCCCAGAGGAACAAUUGUCCUAUGGAGAUUGUCAGACAUAUGUGUAUGAUACUGUCUUCAACUUCUACCUGAUGGAUGAUUCAGUUGAACAGUCUAUGAAUAAAAGAUGCCAAACAUUAUGUAGUGAGCUGUUUACAGAACUCUUGCUUAAUAUUCAAAGACAAGGUGUCAUUCCAGUACCAGUGUGUGCCAAUUGCAAGGAGAGAGAAGACUACAGACAAACAGACAAGCAACACCACUUCACUGCCAUCCUACAGACUUUGAUUUCCUAUCUGAAGCCUGCUGACAAGUCAAUUGCCUGGCUGGCACAGAAAAUACAAGAAGGAAUGGAAGAGAGAGAUUCCAAACUAAGUCAAGAGUUCUACAUACAGGCAGUAGUCAGAUUGGUCUCUUGUUUACCUGCAUACUUGAUCUUUGUCAACUGUCCGUCCAUGUCAGGAGUGCUGGAUCUGCCGUGCCAAAUCAUUAACAAGUAUUUUUCAUGCUUGUGCAGACAUGGUUAUUUACCAGCAAGUAUCACCUUACAUAUUCUACAGGGUAUGUGCCAGUUAGCGAUCAGUGAAGAUAUUGAAAUCAUUCUAGAGAGAUGUCAUCUUCUGACCUUGUCUAUUGUGGUCCAUACUCAGCUCACAAAAAAUCUGCUGCGAAGACUCAAUAAACAGCAUUCCUGUUCUGAACUAAUCCAAAUCGUCAAAAUCACAGAUUGGAUAGAAAGCUGCCGGAUGAAGCCUGACAGACCUCCACUAGGUGUUAAUAUGAAGGAUUCACUUAGGAGUGCUGCUCUACUCUCCCUUGUCCACGUGAGGUCAUCAUCUGUAACAGAGAUUAUUAAAGCAGAAAAAAACAGCAAGGUAGUGGAGGGGUUUUCAGUUCUCCUUAUAACUGAGCUUUCUGAUUCCAAGAAUCAGUUUUACUGUAAAGCUGAGGCAGUCCUAAAUGAUCUGCUCUCCUCUGCUCCAGGUACACUUUCUUACCUGUCAGGUGACGGAAAAGAGGAAUGGAGGACCUUAUUACCAGAAUCUGUCAUUUUUCUUCUUCCCUACACAUUACUAAGGUUUCUUGAGAAAAGACAGAAGCCUCCCUGGCAAAGUAGUACGACCUUUGUAUCAUCAGUGUUACUGUUGUACAAGGAAGUCCUCAGAAGUAUGGAAUGUUUACCAGAAGACCGUGGUAACCAGCACCAGAAUGAAAUACUAAUUCCUGAUUGGACAGACAUCUCAGACUUUGUGAAAGGAUGUUUGAUGUCUGCGACUAAAGAUCAGCUGAGAAAUGUAUCAAAGGAGUCAUUAAAUGGAUGUGGAGCAGAUAUUGUGUUAGUGUACAGACAAGUUGUUUCUAGGUUACAAUAAAAUCCUUUCUAUCUUAA